AUAACAAUUGAUGCAUGCCGGCAAUUUGUCUCUGUUAUCGUUAGUUGUUGCAUCUCCAAAGGUUGUGAUUGUAAACAUACGUUUAUUGCUGCAAUCUAAUUUCAACAAAAAUAAUAAAAAAAAUGUCUGGAAACGCAACUGAAGAACCGGCAGAAAAGAAGCCCAAAUUAGAGGAAUCGAACAAGGAAAAUACGGGCAAUGAAGACGAUGAAGAAUUGGAAACUCCAUCAGCAUUUAAUCCCAAAUAUCGUGUCUGUCCCUAUCUGGAUACCAUAAACAGACCACUGCUGGAUUUUGAUUUCGAAAAAUUGUGUUCCAUAUCACUGACCCGCAUUAAUGUUUAUGCCUGCCUGGUGUGUGGUAAAUACUUCCAGGGUCGUGGUACCAAUACCCAUGCCUAUACACAUUCAGUGGCGGAGGCCCAUCAUGUGUUCCUGAAUUUACAGACACUGCGUUUCUAUUGCCUGCCAGAUAACUAUGAAAUUAUUGACUCAUCCCUGGAUGAUAUCAAGUUUGUUUUAAAUCCCACUUUCUCGCCGGCCGAUAUAAAGAAUUUGGACAAAGCUGAUCCCAAGUAUUCACGUACCGUUGAUGGUACUUUGUAUCUACCCGGUGUUGUGGGUUUGAAUAACAUUAAGGCCAAUGACUAUUGCAAUGUUGUUUUGCAUGCCCUCUCGCAUGUGGGCCCGUUGCGGGAUUAUUUCCUUAGGGAACAACAUUAUGCCAAAAUUAAAAGACCUCCCGGUGAUUCGAUAUUCAAUUUGGUACAACGUUUUGGCGAGCUAAUGCGUAAAAUGUGGAAUCCUCGUAAUUUUAAGGCUCACGUGUCGCCCCAUGAAAUGUUACAGGCCGUGGUUCUGUGGUCCAACAAGCGAUUUCAAAUUACUGAACAAGGUGAUCCAAUUGAUUUUCUAUCAUGGUUUCUGCAUACCCUGCAUCGGGCCUUAAAGGGCACCAAGAAAGUUGACUCUUCGGUAAUUUAUAAAACAUUUUUGGGUGAAAUGAAAAUCUAUACCCGUAAAAUCCCACCCGUCGAUUUGGAUGAUACCCAAAAGUCAUUGCUUUUGGCCACCGAGGAGUAUCAGGAGAAAUGUGAAAUAACAAAUUUCUUGUAUUUGACAUGUGAUCUACCGCCACCUCCCCUGUUUACCGAUGAAUUUCGGGAGAAUAUUAUACCCCAAGUGAAUCUGUAUCAAUUGCUGUCGAAAUUUAAUGGCACAACAGAAAAGGAAUAUAAAACAUAUAAGGAUAAUUUUCUAAAGCGCUUCGAAGUGGCCCACCUACCGCAAUUCAUCAUUUUGUACAUAAAACGUUUUACGAAAAAUACCUUCUUUUUGGAAAAGAAUCCGACCAUUGUGAAUUUCCCCAUCAAAAAUGUGGAUUUUGGAGAUAUUCUUUCCAUUCAAAAUCGCGAAAAAAUUGGCAAUUGUAAAUAUAAUCUAGUGGCCAACAUCGUCCAUGACGGCGAGCCAAAUAAGGGCACAUAUCGAGUGCAUAUGCUGCACAAAGCCAAUGGUCAGUGGUAUGAAAUGCAAGACUUGCAUGUAACGGAAAUCUUGCCCCAAAUGAUAACAUUAACAGAGUCUUAUAUCCAGAUUUAUGAAAGAUGUACUGAAUAAAAAAUUGCCCUUAA